UUUUAUGAAGUACUGAUAAAGAACCGGGGAAAGGGAAGCACUAACGCGGCUGUGGUGUCACAGGGGAGGAUUUUGGUGCUCCUGGAGCAAAGGCGGAGCACCCAUGCUGGGUGUGCUGUGCGAGCCGCCUCACCUCGGUGCCUGAGGGCGACCUUGAACUCGCGGCCAUGCCCCAGCCCCUCACGGCGCUGUACCACGUUAAAGUGAGGGAAGAGCUCAGCUCGGCCACAGCGCUGUCCCGAGCCGCAGCUGCCUCCAUGCCCGUGUGCACGCCUUGGGUUUGCGGUGAUUUGAGGGAGCUUUUGGGUUUUUUUAAAUAAACCGGGGCGGUCACGGCCCGCCCGGCGCUUCCCGCCCCUCCCCGCGCCCCGCCCCAAGAUGGCGCCCGGCGCUGAGGCGAGUUCCGGUGCCGCCAUGGCCGCGACGCGGCUGGAGCUGAACCUGAUGCGGCUCCUGAGCCGGUGCGAGGCGCUGGCGGCGGAGCGGCGGGACCCCGAGGAGUGGCGGCUGGAGAAGUAUGUGGCUGCUCUGGAGGACAUGCUCCGGGAGCUGAAGAAGCAGUCCAGCAAGCCAGCCCCUGAACUGCUGAAUGAAUACUCUCGCAAAGUGGACUUCCUAAAGGGACUCCUAGAAGCUGAAAAAUUGUCUUCAUCGACAGAAAAGGCUCUGGCAAACCAGUUCCUGGCCCCUGGGCGCACCCCGACGACGGCCAAGGAGAGAACCCCGGCCACCAAAACCGUCCACCUGCAGACCAAGGCGCGCUGCACGGGCCAGAUGAGGAGCGAGCUGCUCGGCACGGACCCCCUGGCUACUGAUGAUUCUGAGGAGUUGAACGUAAGGAAGCGAAAAGGCCUCACAUCAGACGAGAAGCAGUCAGCAGUGGAGCUGGAUGCUGUGCUGCAGCACCACCAGGACAUGCAGGAGAAGCUGGCUGAGGAAAUGCUCAGCUUGGCUCGCAGCCUCAAAAACAACACUCUGGCUGCCCAGAACGUGAUCAAACAGGACAACCAGACACUGUCACACUCCCUGAGGAUGGCAGACCAGAACUUCGAGAAGCUCAAGGACGAAUCCGACCGCCUGGAACAGCACGCCAAGAAAUCUGUCAACUGGCUGCUCUGGAUAAUGCUAAUUGUAGUUUGUUUUAUAUUCAUCAGCAUGAUUCUAUUCAUCAGGAUUUUCCCCAAACUGAAAUGAUUCUGUUUCAUUUUACUUAAAGCUGCCUGCAGUGCAGUGGGAAAGCUCAGCUGGUGUAAGAACUGUCACAAUCAAUGUCCUUAAAGAGGCUGUCCAAGGCCUGCCUUGCAUCUCCUCCCUGUGCAGGCAGUGUGGGGUUUCCUGAGGAAGGCUUUCCACACUUGCAUACUUGUUUACUUGGUGACUGUUGUUGCCUCUUGCGGGGAGAGCUGAGGUAAGAUGAGAAUUUACACUGAGCUGCUAACAAGUUCUUUAGUGGAUAAAUACAGUCAUUUUUAAUGUGUUUGUGACAAAUGUUAUGACUCCUAAAAGGCAUUUAGCCAAUACAAAUUUAAAUAACAGUUGAAAUCUUACAUUGUUUCCUGUCUUCACAGCUUUUCUGUACUGACCUAGGAGCUUGUUGCCAACAGGAUAUUUAAUUUCAGUUCUGUACAUACACAGCUGCAGGUGUAGAAAGAGAAUUCUGCUGUUCAGGUGCUUGCUUGGCUCAGAUUCAGAGUAUCAACAGGUAAAACUCUUCUCAGGCUCACCUUUUGCCCAGAUGGGUAUUUGGGACUACAGACUUCACCAUCUUCUCCAGUUUAGAUUGCUACAGGACUGGAGUUGCUUUCUGUGCAGGGUUUGCCUCCCUUUUGUGCGUGCAAAUGUUCUCACUUCUCAUUGUGGUGUUGAUGCUGCUGCAUGAAGGAAACACUGUGACCCUGCCACCUUCGAACUGUACACACAGUGCUGCAGGUGGCACAGACCUCACCUGUGCAAACAUGCUUGUGCUGGAAGAUGAGGGCAAAGGAAAGUGGUGUCUUCAAGAUGGAAGUAAUAAUUAAAAGAAAUACUUAGCCUUUCUUUUUGAGCAAAUUAUUCCUGUUGUCUUCAGAGUUCACUAAAAUAAAACAGAGAAAAAAGAAACUCAUAUUUUUAAAAUACUGCUGCUGCUAGAAAAACUUGGAGACUGCAGUAAAGCAGGGCUUGUGUGACAGCCUGAGAGUCUCUGUAGGUGCUUGUGAUAAGCUGAAGGCAAACCCUUCUGCACCCUGCUGGUCAGUGUUCAGGUGUGUCCCAUGGAGGAGGUGAGGGGCAGCAGGUGACCCUGGCUGUGCUUUGGUCUGGAACCAAACCAUGGGGUGCUCCAGGCCUGGCUGCUGAUCCCAACAGCCCCAGGACAGGGGAUGGUGGGGGAAGAGUUGUUGGCACAAUUGGAUUCUUAGGAAUAUCCAGCUUUGCUUUGAACACAUCCCAAAGCAGCAGGCUCUGUGUCAGAGCUGUGCUCUCUUCUGCACAAACCCAUCUCUGGGUAAUGAAGACAGUUAACAUGUUUUACACAGAAUACUUCUGUUCAUUUAACACUAUGCUUGUAAUGUAGUAUGCCACUCACUUAGGGAUUAUCUAAUGAAUAAUUAUAUUAUGAGGCACAGCUUUUAAUUUCAGCUACUCAGAUAUCUGCAAUAUACUCCUGUUUUACUUACCUUGAAUUUAGAGAAAUUUAUAGUUGUGGCAGUCAAUUUAUGGACAUUUCUACUUUUCCCAGUUGUUUUCCUUCAUCUGUAUGUAAUGUUUGACAUUUCACUGUGCUUCAUUAGUCAAUGCUGUGUCACCAAAUUAUUUUUCAAUUCUGAUUGCUCACUACUUUCCCUGCAGGCAUUUCAAUGCCAAGCUCUUCUCUUAGAGGCUGAAUGUGAUGCUGGAAUGGUUUUUGUGUGUGAGAUUCUGGGAUGCAACAUUCAUGCUUCAUCGUCCAUAACAUUGUCCUCUUUAUUACUUGAAAUAAAUUAUUUUUUCCCAGUUUACAGAA